AUGCGAUGGAAACACAUUCGGCCCAGUGCUCACACUACAAAAUACAGGCCCAGUGCUCACACUACAAAAUACAGGCCCAGUGCUCACACUACAAAAUACAGGCCCAGUGCUCACACUACAAAAUACAGGCCCAGUGCUCACACUACAAAAUACAGGCCCAGUGCCCACACUCCGAAAUACAGGCCCAGUGCCCACACCCCCGAAAUACAGGCCCAGUGCCCACACUCCGAAAUACAGGCCCAGUGCCCACACCCCCGAAAUACAGGCCCAGUGCCCACACCCCCGAAAUACAGGCCCAGUGCCCACACCCCGAAAUACAGGCCCAGUGCCCACACCCCCGAAAUACAGGCCCAGUGCCCACACUCCAAAAUACAGGCCCAGUGCCCACACUCCGAAAUACAGGCCCAGUGCCCACCCCCCGAAAUACAGGCCCAGUGCCCACACCCCCCGAAAUACAGGCCCAGUGCCUACCCCCCGAAAUACAGGACCAGUGCCCACACUCCGAAAUACAGGCCCAGUGCCCACACUCCGAAAUACAGGCCCAGUGCCCACACUCCGAAAUACAGGCCCAGUGCCCACACUCCGAAAUACAGGCCCAGUGCCCACACUCCGAAAUACAGGCCCAGUGCCCACACUCGAAAUACAGGCCCAGUGCCCACAAUAGCCCAGUGCCCAGUGCCCACACUCCGAAAUACAGGCCCAGUGCCCACACUCCGAAAUACAGGCCCAGUGCCCACACUCCGAAAUACAGGCCCAGUGCCCACCCGAAAUACAGGCCCAGUGCCCACACCCCCCGAAAUACAGGCCCAGUGCCCACACUCCGAAAUACAGGCCCAGUGCCCACACUCCGAAAUACAGGCCCAGUGCCCACACUCAGAAAUACAGGCCCAGUGCCCACACUCAGAAAUACAGGCCCAGUGCCCACACUCCGAAAUACAGGCCCAGUGCCCACACUCCGAAGCCUAG